AUGUUUUUGGACUCGAAGGAGAAUAAUAACGAGGACAAAGACGUCAGUUGCAAAAAGAGAAUAAGAGAAUUCACCGCAUCGGAGUCAUCGGUCUAUUCCUCAUCGUCGAGUCUGCCUCAGCAUAUUCCUAUUCAGAGGACAAUUCAGAUGAUUCUGUCCAAUGUACUUCCUAGAUGUAAUCUCACAUUUGGAAACAAUCGCCGCGCACCCAAAAUCAAAAACCAAAAUGAUUCUGUCCAAUGUACUCUUCCUGCUUGUGACGGCAAAAUGCUACCGUCUUUCACGAAAAGAAAACGAACUCUUGCAGAAAAGCUGCGGUGUGGGCAACUUGGUAUGAAAAAUCUGUUCACACCGUGCAGUGGUUUCCUGAUAUCGCCACGUCACGUUCUUACGGCGGCACAUUGUGCGUUGAACGAAGAGCAACGUAAAGUUGAACCGUGA